AUGACGGAGAGAGUACCAGUACAAAUAUGCCCACCUCCACCUCAGAUUCCUAAUGCUCGAGAUAUGAAAACUACAGUGAAUUACCAGGAUGGAGAGAAGGUGUCUGUUCUUUGCCAAGAAGGUUACCUAAUUCAGGAAGCAGAAGAAAUGGUGUGCAAAGAUGGGAAGUGGCAGUCGUUACCACGCUGUGUAGAAAUAGAAUGCAGGGUUCCAGAAAUAGAACGAAACUUAUUUGCUUAUCCCAUGAAAGAGAAAUAUAGAGUUGGAGAUGAGCUGAAAUUCUCCUGCCAAAAUGGACUUACAAGAGUUGGAUCGGAUUUGAUUCGGUGCUACCCCUUUGGAUGGUUCCCUCCUGUCCCAGUAUGUCAAGAGAGCACAUGUGAUCCUCCCAAUAUUCCCAAUGGGUUCUACUCACCUAUGAAGAAUAAAUUCAGAGCUGAGGAAGAAAUCACUUACCAGUGCAGUGAGGGGUAUCAUCCUGCCACCCCGGAAAGUAAGACGCAGUGCACGAGAAACGGCUGGGUGCCUCCUCCAAGAUGUCACUUUAAACCCUGUGACCGUCCACAAAUAAAACAUGGAAGCCUAAAUCGUUAUGAUAGUUACAAACACUCCUUCCCAGUACCUCUGGAAACAUCUUUUCCUUAUUCAUGUGAAGACGGUUUUUUGACCCCCUUGGGACAACGCCAGGGUUCCCUUAAGUGCACACAGGAAGGAUGGUUACCCACAGUGCCGUGUCUCAAUCAGCAAACCGCAAUUACCUGCACAGAGGACAGCUGGUCCCCUCCCCCUAAGUGUACUCCUAUCAAAAUAUGUUUGAAAUCAGAAGUAGAACUUGAGAAUGGGUUUCUGUCUGGACCCUAUGAGACAUACGCUGUAAAUGCAGUGACACAGUAUAAGUGCAAGCCAGGAUACGUAACGGAAGAUGGUGAAGAAUCAGGAGCCAUCACGUGCCUGCAAAGCGGGUGGUCGGCUCAACCCAGAUGCAUUAAAAUAGAAUGCAGGAUUCCAGAAAUAGAACAAAACUUAAUUGCUUAUCCCAAGAAAGAGAAAUACAGAGUUGGAGAUGUGCUGAAAUUCUCCUGCCGACACAGACUUACAAGAGUUGGACCAAAUUCAGUUCAGUGCUACCCCUUUGGAUGGUCCCCUGAUGUCCCAGUAUGUAAAGCGGAAGUACGCGUCUGUGGUCCUCCUCCUCAGCUUCUCAAUGGGGACGCCAAGAAAACAAGGAAAGCAGAAUACACGCACGGGGACCAAGUGGAAUACCAUUGCAAUACUGGAUUUCUGAUGAAGGGGCCAAAGAAGAUUCAAUGUGUUGAUGGAACGUGGACAAGCUUGCCUAUGUGUAUUGAGGAGAGGAGUACCUGCGGAGACAUACCGGAACUCGACCACGGCUUCCUCCAGACUUCUGACCCUCCCUAUCACCAUGGAGACUCCGUGGCGUUCAGCUGCAGAGAAACGUUCACGAUGAUCGGACACGGAACAGUGAUGUGUGUUAAAGGAACGUGGACCCAACUUCCUAGCUGUGUUGCAACAGAUCAAGUUGCGAAGUGUAAGAUACCGAGGUUAAUUGUAAAUAAGGCAACCUCAUCCAGUAAGUUUGAAUUCAGUCAUAACCAGAACAUAAGCUACAAAUGCAGAGGAAAGGCAGAAUCCAAACACUCCGUCUGCAUAAAUGGAAGAUGGGACCCCGAAGUGACCUGCAGGGAAGUACCAGUACAAUUAUGCCCACCUCCACCUCAGAUUCCUAAUGCUCAAGAUAUGAAAACUACAGUGAAUUAUCAGGAUGGAGAGAAGGUGUCUGUUCUUUGCCAAGAAGGUUACCUAAUUCAGGAAGCAGAAGAAGUGGUGUGCAAAGAUGGGAAGUGGCAGUCGUUACCACGCUGUGCUGACUCAAGAAAAUGUGGGCCUCCUCCACCUAUCGACAAUGGCGACAUUACUUCAUUUCUGAUGAAAGAAUACCCUCUUGGGUCAUCAGUUGAGUAUCAGUGCCAGUCCUUGUAUGUACUUGAGGGUCCCAAAAUAAUAACCUGUGAAAAGGGAAAGUGGUCAGAACCACCAAAAUGCUUAGGUGCAUGUGUAAUAUCAGAACAGACCAUGGAAAAAUAUAACAUAACAUUAAAAUGGAAAAGAAACCGAAAGCUUUAUGCCAAAACAGGAGACUUGGCUGAAUUUACGUGUAAACAUGGAUAUUAUCCAACACAUUCUCAAUCCUUUCGAGUACUGUGUCAGAAUGGGCAGAUGGCAUAUCCCAGUUGUGGAAAAAGACCAUGACUAAAAAGUAUUAUUAUAAUCGAACUGUGAAACGUCACACUAAAUUUUUAUUACUAAUUCAGUUUCUCUCCACUUUGUCUUUUAAAGUAUAGUUUAACUCAUUUUUAUUCAUAAAUAAGAAUUUCUGUUGAUUUGUGAUGAUACAGUUAUUAUCUCAGAGACAGAGGACUUGCUUCUUGAAAAUAUU